UGUCAAAACAUUAUUGAUUCUUGCCGAUUGCGCAUUAGUCAAGCGUUUUCGAUUCACGAAAAUUCUAAGUAAAAGCAAACGAUAUCAGUAAAAGCGAUUUUUGGCAAGUUUUGUUUUUUAGUAAAAUGGCUUUCUUAAUUACUAACAUUUGCAGGUGCUUGUGCUUGAGGUCUCAUCGCAACGGACUCAACGCUGUACAAACUGCGUCUUACCAUGCGAAUGUCAUUGACCACUAUGAGAAUCCACGUAAUGUUGGUUCCCUGGACAAAAAGGACAAAAGUGUUGGCACAGGUUUAGUUGGUGCUCCUGCUUGCGGUGAUGUGAUGAAACUGCAGAUCAAAGUUGAUGAGAAUGGAAAGAUUAUUGAUGCUAAAUUCAAGACUUUUGGCUGUGGAUCUGCAAUCGCUUCAAGCUCCCUUGCUACGGAAUGGGUGAAAGGCAAGACAGUUGAUGAAGCUCUAAAACUCAAGAAUACGGAUAUUGCUAAGGAGCUGUCGCUACCACCUGUUAAGCUACACUGCUCUAUGCUUGCAGAAGAUGCCAUCAAAGCAGCUCUCUCAGACUACAGGAUCAAGCAACAAGCUAAUAAAUAAAUGUAACUUAUGAUGGACAUAUUGGAACAGAUCUGUGAUGGCAUUGAAAAUUGUGGGGG